AUGGACGACAGCGACAGCGACGACAACCUGGGCACGUCCCCCCAAGAAGGAUUUUCUGCAGCGCCAGCCAGACGAGCUCGCGGCGGCGCCGCGACAAGCCCGGGACGCAAUCCUGCAAGCAAUCUACGGCGCGUAACACAUUCGGCUGUCGAGAAGCGUCGGCGUGAGAAGCUUCGAGAACGACUGGAAGUUUUGAGGUCGGUGGUCCCAUCGUGCUCCACUCAAGCGAACCUCCAUAAGAUCAACGUGCUCGACAGCGCGAUCGAGUACAUCUGCUACAUGCGGCGAUGCAUGCAGAAGCUUGUCGUCGAGCGCGAUGCGGCUUACUCCGCCGCCACGGCUGCUGCUGCUGCCGCCAAUAACAGUGCAUCGGCGGCAUCGGCGGCCGCUACCGCACACAUGAACAUCAGCAACCAAGGCUGCCGAGAGUGCGCUCAACGGGCCGCGUCGAGAUUCCCAACACGCUCUUCUCAUCCGGUGAUGAUACAUCAAGUCCCAUCCCCUGCCUCGACGCCCGUCGCGCCGACAACAACAUGGCAGCAGGUUGGUCCAGCGCAUCAUGCAUAUGCGGCUGGGUCACCCCCAUCGGUGCAGCCAAUGCGAUCCCCAUCCCUUGCUCAGCAAUCACCUGGCCAGUAUUCCCAUGCAGAGCAAGAGCAACAGCAACACUACCACACACACCAUCAUCACCAGCACUCGCACACCCAUUCCCAGGACGUUCUCACAUCGGCGAACUGCUUCGGCCGCUUCGGUGCUCACAGGCCCGCCGCCGCAAUUCGAUUACCCACACAUAUACAGCCAUUCGCGCACCCCGCCGGUUUCGACUAG